AUGAGCGAAACAAAUUUUCAGUAUGGGACAAAUUUUACUUCAGUAAGAGUACACUAUGCCCCUGGAGGUUACUCCAAUCUAAAAUUAGACUGAUAUGAGCCUGAACCAAAACCUAAAAAGUUACCAAAAACACAAAAAUCUAAUGAUAUUCCAAUAAGACCUCCAAUAUCUCAAUCCCCAGACAGAGAUUGGACAGAAUCUCCAAUAUGAAAAGAUGACACAGAUUAUGGACAAAUUUAUGCAAACAACAUCGACAAUAUUUUUCAAAAAAAUUACCCAAAAAUGAUUUUCUCACGAAAUGAAUCAGCAGAAUCUGCAUAUCAGCUUCAGACUCCCCAAAAGAGUUUCAAGUUCCAAGACUAUAAAACACCUUACAACUGGCGGCAUUUUCGUUCUGAAACUCCUCCAGAAUACAGAAUAAGGCAAUCUCUUGAAACGAGGUUCAAAAACUCCCCUGAUCCUUAUCCCUGCCAGAAAUUGGAGCAAAAGCCUGCAUUCGAAUCCCCAAAACCAAGAAUAAAAUCAAAUGACCCUUUUAAGAAUAAUAGCUCUUCUUAUUCCUCAACCGGAGAAUACCUCUUAAAAAAUAACAAUUUUCAUGGCGAAAAUGAAAAAAAUUUAAGAAGCUCUUAUCUUGAACCUCCCAAAAGACUUAAUUCAUUCAAGCUAGGCUGAUAA